CAUCUCUUAUCUGAGUUCUGCCUCUGCUGCCGUCGCAUCUUUCUCUCUCCCGCUUCUGACACAGUGAGAUCUCAUCAGCAGGAUGCCUGAGCACGUGCAAGAGAGGAAGCCGAAGAUCUCCGCUUCAAGGAAGUUGAUGCUCAAGAGUCUGAUGGUGGCAAAGGCCAAGGAGGAAUUGGAACAGGAAGUUGUUGUCAAAGAGGAGGAGAAACAGAACUAUCUGUCAGAGAGAGCUCCUCCGCUGAACACCAGCGGCCUGAGCCUCGGACAGCUACAGGAACUCUGCAGAGAUCUCCAUGCCAAAAUAGAUGUGGUGGAUGAGGAGCGAUACGACAUUGAAGCCAAAGUGACGCUCAACAAACGGGAGAUCAAAGACCUGAACCUCAAGGUUUUGGACCUCAGGGGGAAAUUCAAGAGACCUAGUCUUCGUCGUGUUCGGGUGUCUGCUGACGCCAUCCUUCGCUCGCUGCUGGGCUCUAAGCACAAAGUCUCCAUGGACCUCCGGGCCAACCUCAAAUCUGUGAAGAAAGAGGACACUGAAAAGAAGAGGCCAGUAGAGGACAGCGACUGGAGGAAGAAUGUGGAGGCCAUGUCAGGGAUGGAGGGAAGGAAGAAGAUGUUUGAUGCUGCUAAGGGUCCUGCGUAGUCAACCCAGACGGCAUCUGAAUCAAUUAUAUUUCCAGUAUAUUGCAGAUUAUGCAUUUAUCUUUAAUGCUUUUCAUUUAGUGUAUGCUUAUUUAGUUAAUGCUCCCUGAAAGAUUUUCCACACUUUCCUUUACUGUUUGAUGUUCAGUAAUAAGGUGUUAAAAUGCAUGUAACUAUGUGCCAUGUGCAAUUAUUUGUGAUUUUUCUCAUAACUGGUAUAUAACUUGUACCUCAUAGAUUUAAAAGCUUAGUUCAUUCCCAGAUCUCCUGCAUAUUUGUAAGUUAAAAAAGGCUGCUUGUAUCUUAGAUGCAGAUGUGGAUACUAUUGUCAACAUAUUUUAUAGCCAUUAAUACAAUGGCCAAAUAAACCUGAAUCUUUGAUGAUCUCGCUUGGUGAAAAGCUGUAAGUGAAGGCUAUAGAUUAAUGAACUGUAAAAAAAAAUAUUUCCUGUAUAAAUGUGUGCACAAUGAACAAUGGCUUCCUUAAUAAAAUAC